CCUCCCUCCCUCCUCUCUGCCUCCCCUCCCUCUGCCUUGCGGCAGCGCCCAGGACCCGCUGGUGCCGGUGCCGCCCGGGACGCCGUGAGGGCCCGGGCCGGGAGCAGCCGCGGGCCUUGGGCGGUUGCAGAGAGACCGCCCCAGUCUUCUCUCCGCGGCUCCCUCGGGCUGGUUCUCUCUUUGUUGCUCACGUCAGACCCGGGAUGGCUUUUGCGAGUCUGAAAUAAGCGUUUAUUGUUCUCCCAUUCACAGCUGUGAUCACAAGCAAGGGACAGUAGCGGGAUUUGCUCUCAUGCCGAUGAGAUGGGACUGAGCAAGACCGCGGUGUCUGAGGAUGCAUUCGCCACCCAACGAUACAGGAAUGAAGCUAAAGCUUUACAAACACAGCUCCAGUUUAAUAGAAGUGUCCCGGCAGUUCCAGAGAACUUGGCUCUCAGAUUCUCUCAUCCCCGUCCAAUUAUAAUAGAAAAACUGAAGGCAUCCAAUAAUCAGAGAAAUCUGGUUGGAAAUGAGGACCCCAGCCUGAGAAGCUCUGGGAUGUUCUCAGUGGUAUCUGAAGAGAGACUGAAAUUGGCUGUUCAGCUGGCAAAAAGGGACAUCAGACAAAGACGUCUCGAAGAGCAAGUGAAACGGCAGGUGUUUGGAGAUGUCAGUACACCAUUGUGGACCCAGAAAUCACAGCAGCAGAAGACUGAAGUAUUUGCAAGUCAAAAAAACAAAAAAGCCCUGAAGUCUCAGACUCGCUCAACAUGUCAGCAGAGGCUCGACCAGCCUUUCCAAGGGGAGUCUGCCAGCUCUGACGCGAACGUUUAUCUCUGCGUAGUUAAGAAGGGAAGGCAAAUACCAGCUGUUUUGGACUCUCCACCCACCCAUGAUACCAGACCAGACACCAAGCAAAAUUUAAAUAAAAAAGAACAUCAGAAUAUGCAGGAAGUCCAGCGUCUGCAAAAAGAAUUGAGGAGCUAUGUCCAGAAAAUUGAAGAAAUUAUUAAAAAAGGGAGAGAUAGAGAACUCGAUCCUGAAAACGAGCAGCGGCUUUGCACUAGGAGACAGCAACAAGCUGCACGGUCAGCUCGGAUGCUAUAUGUGCUCCAGCAACAGGUAAAAGAAAUUCAGGACGAUUUAGAGAAACUGAGUCCUCAUACAAUCAAACAUACUAAAAAGUCUCGAGCAGUAUCCAGGUUGGCAGCAGCACACAGAGGAGCUGUACGAACCUUGCAGGCAUUUGCCAAUCAGUUUACAGAUCAAACAGAUGAGCAGAUUCCAGCCCACUACAAGGAACUGGGCAGUCUCAUUCGUCAACUGUCUCUCUGUUCUGCCAAACUAGAAGGGGAUUCUUCCAUUUCUGAAGUUAUCAUAGAUAUUUUGUUGCAAGUUGAGGAUCUGAAUUCACUGCUGGAAAACAAGCAAACAUCAAAAACAGUGAAGAAAUGUAUUUCAGCUUCUCAGGCCAAAUCUCCAAGGAACACUGAAGCAUUUCCAACAAGAAAGCUUCUCUCUCCAAAGGGAGAAAACAAACCUCUCACCUUAAAGGGACAGCAUGGACAAGAGUCUAAAAAACCUCCAUGUGCCAGGAGUCUUUUGACUGCAGUUCAACAGGCAAACAGUUGUGCCCAUAUGUUACACAAUAAAUAUCAAGAAGAAAGUGGCCCACCUACUUCAGAGAGAAAUGCCUUUUUGCAAGGAAGCACAAAUGUACUGGUGAGAGGUAGAGCUGUAAGAAAAGAGUCUGUCCUUGAAAAUAGUGCUUUGAAGAAGAAAAGUAUGUUACUGCCUGCAAAACCACAGGGAAUGCUGAAAUCUUUAAACUCAAGACGGACAAACCCUCUGGGAAAGCAUGCCCGAUUUCAAGAGCCAACUAUAGCUUUCCAACUAAAAGAGAACAAACGACCUGUUAAGGAGAGCAAAAUGCCUUGCAUGCCUUCAAAGCCUUCACCUCGGUCUGUUUCACCUAAGCGAUUAGCAAGGCUUGAAGCAAAACAUUCAAGAGGAAUUCUAACUCACCUUUGCAGAGGAGAAAUGGAAAAAAUACAAAAGUUGAGGUCACGAACUGUUUCUCCAGCCCAGUGUGCAGAGAAAGCUGGGAAGGAGGUACAGGAGUGGUCAGAGCCUCCGUUAGACAGGACACAGCAGGUUGCAACAAAUGCAGAUAUUCUGAGUGAAAAGCUAUUGGAUGAUCUUUUGGAAGAUACUGCUCGGGAGCUGUGGAGCAUGGAUCAACUUGAGAGACUCCAAACUGAGGCUCUGCCUGUGGCUGACACUCAUAGCCUGGAGUCAAUGUUGCAAAGAAUGGAAGAAAUUGAAAUGUACCAGGAGGCUGUCCGCAGGAGAGUCACACAGAUUGUCUACAGUGACUCCCAGUUCUGGGCCCAGGAAGACAAAAUGGAACAACAAAUGGCAUCAACAGCUAAAAAACUUAUAUCUCCUCAUCCAGUUCAGAUAACUAAAUUAAUCAGACACACAGAGCUGGAAACAGACAUUUUAUUUGAAAAACCAUUUGACAGCACUGAUAUUGAUGAAAAUAAAGAAGCAAAGGAGAAAUUGCAGUCUGAAAAUUACGUUCUGCAGUCCUUGCCUCUGAAGUCUCUACAGAAAGCGUAUUCUGUGUCUGUCUCUGUGCCAAGCAAUGUGCUCCAGAGCAUCUUGGAUUAUAACAGCAGAUACAAGCAUCAUUUAAAGCUUAUUUCCCAUGAAGUAGUGGGCAGUUUUGAUCCAUGGCAGAUUGCUGAGAGUCUUGCAGAGCAGCUGACAGAAGAAGCCCUUUGUGAUGUGGCAGCAGAGCUGCAGGAUGUUUGUGAGGACUAUGCAGAAGCUGUGUUCACAUCAGAGUUUUUGCAGCCAGUGCAGUGAAUUCUUUCCCACCUGCCCUAUCAAUGUCAGCCUCAGCCUGACAGUCUGUGAGAUUUUCUGUACUGGAUCUCCAUCAAAGAUUCAUCUUAGGUUUUUUAUAAAACCAUUAUAAUAAUGUUUUCCUUUUCAGAAAGGACUUCCUUACUUUUCCUUUUAUUGUCUAAUUACCUUAGCACAUGCUACACUGGGGUGAGUUCUUUUGGAGAUGUGGCAAUCCAGUGAAGGAUUCUCAUGGCACAGCACAGAUAGAUGCAAACACUUGUCGCUGGCUGUAGUUGCAGGUUUGCUUGGGCUCUUGCCGUCAGCUUCGGGAGUUCCCGAGUACCUCCAUAGUACAUAAUGUGCAUGGUACCUCCUUAGUACAUAAUGCAAAGGCAAAACAAGACCUUUCAAUAGAAGCAUGUGAUAGAAAUAUUACUUUCUUUUUCUUAAACUAGUCUGAAAUGUUACAUUUUUAUCAGCAUUUAGUGAUUCAAGCCCAUAUUCCUUUCUCUUAAGAAUUCCAUUAAAAUCAAGAACAACAAAAUAAAUGAGCAAUUGGCAUUUCUGCAACAUUAGCUUGUUUGAAGUAAUCAAAGUACUAGUUUGGCUUAUGUCUGGAGUCAGAGCAAUAGUAAUAAUUACUUAAUGUAGUACUCUAGGGAAAUGCAAAUUCAGCCCUUGAGGUAACCUAGAGAAUAUGACAGUCUGUUUCCUUUGUCAGUUUUUUUCUCCAACAUUGUUCAAUCUAUAACACGUUAAUUUUUAACCUUCUAAGAUUAUUUAUAUUUUCUCUAAUUAGAACAUAUAUUUUAAAAAUAAUUUUGUUUCUAUUGAAGCCUGGUUUACUAUUUCAGUUGUCUUCAAAUGCAAUGAUGUAUAUGAUACUGCUGAAGUGGGACUUUGCUGAUAUAUGGUUUCUGUAAUUUAAAACAGCUGAUUUCUAAAAUCAUAAGUCAAAAAUAUUAAAGCAAUAGUGUCUCUAUGUGUAUA